AUGACGACCUAUUGUCGCGUUGCCAUUCUAGAAUGCGAUAUACCCAUUGAGCCCAUCAUAUCCAGACAUGGUCGUUACAAGGAAAUUUUCAGCAAUUUACUCGGUCCUGCGCUAGAGACCAAGCUCGACGAUGCAACUAUUCUGUCGUUCACAAUAAGACUUAUCCCCGGCCCGACGAGUUCGAUGCCCUCCUUCUUACUGGAAACAGUAGGUUAUUGUCGUCUACAACAUAAGGUAAUUUUACUGGCUAUUCCAGAGCACGAUGAAUUUGCCGACGAGGACUGGAUCCUCGAGCUCGUCGACUAUGUCUGA